AUGUAUGAAUAUGAGAAUGGGUGGACACCUUUGCACUGUGCAGCACUGAAUAACAGUGUGGAUAUUGUUCGUGUGCUGCUGGAGAAGGGCGCUGAUGUCAAUAUACAGAAUAAGGUUGGGCUGACACCUUUGCACUAUGCAGUCCUGAAAGACAAUGUGGAUGUUGUUCGUGUGCUGCUGGACAAGGGCGCUGACAUCCAUACACAGGAUAAGAAUGGGUGGACACCUUUGCACUGUGCAGCACUGGAUAACAGUGUGGAUAUUGUUCGUGUGCUGCUGGAGAAGGGCGCUGAUGUCAAUAUACAGAAUAAGGUUGGGCUGACACCUUUGCACUAUGCAGUCCUAAAAGACAAUGUGGAUGUUGUUCGUGUGCUGCUGGACAAGGGCGCUGACAUCCAUACACAGGAUAAGAAUGGGUGCACACUUUUGCAGUAUGCAGUGGUGAAUAACAUUGUGGGUGUUGUUCGUCUGCUGCUGGAGAAGGGAGCUGAUAUCGAUGCACAGGAUAAGGUUGGGCUGACACCUUUGCACUAUGCAGUCCUGAAAGACAAUGUGGAUGUUGUUCGUGUGCUGCUGGACAAGGGCGCUAACAUCCAUGCACAGGAUAAGAAUGGGUGCACACUUUUGCAGUAUACAGUGGUGAAUAACAGAGUGGGUGUUGUUCGUGUGCUGCUGGAGAAAGAUGCUGAUGUCAAUGUACAAGAUAAGAAUGGGUGGACACCUUUGCACUGUGCAGCACUGAAUAACAGUGUGGAUAUUGUUCGUGUGCUGCUGGAGAAGGGUGCUGAUGUCAAUUUUCAGAAUAAGAAUGGGCUGACACCUUUGCACUGUGCAGCACUGAAUAACAGUGUGGAUAUUGUUCGUGUGCUGCUGGAGAAGGGCGCUGAUGUCAAUAUACAGAAUAAGGUUGGGCUGACACCUUUGCACUAUGCAGUCCUGAAAGACAAUGUGGAUGUUGUUCGUGUGCUGCUGGACAAGGGCGCUAUCCAUACACAAGAUAAGAAUGGGUGCACACUUUUGCAGUAUGCAGUGGUGAAUAACAGUGUGGAUAUUGUUCGUGUGCUGCUGGAGAAGGGCGCUGAUGUCAAUAUACAGAAUAAG